UCUAUUUAUUCUUGCACAAUGACCAUCCUGCCUUAUGAUGAUGUAAAAGGAAGCACACAAAAAUAAUAUCGCUAAUAUAAUAUAAUAUAAUAUAAUUAUAUUUAUAAAAUACAAUUCCUGUAUAUCAAUGCAAAAUAUAUUAUUGAAAGAUAUAUUAUUGAAGGAUAUAUUAUUCUAAAGUAUUAAUGAUACAUAAUAUCUAAAAUUUAUCAUCUUUUAUUAAUCAAACUUAAUAAAAGCUAAAUUAUUUUGAAAUAUACCAGAGUAUGCAGCCAUUAUGUUACAUAUCAAUAUUCCAGGACAAUUUCCUGUCUAAUAAUAAAUUUGAUGUGAUGUAAAAUUGCUACGUGUAUAUAUCUAUAUAUAAUUAUCUUCUCUGUUUCUUCACUGUUCUUUUUCAGCACGUAUGAUUCUUGAAAGUCUAAGAAACCUAAGAUUAUUUAAUAGAAUAUAAAAUUAAUUGCAUGUGUGUAUGUGACCAUUAUAAGUGACAUAUAAUUGGUGUGUGAGUGUACAUAUGAAAAUUAAUGGCAAAUUACUAAUUGAUAUAUCGUUAAAAAAUGAAAGAAACAUCGAUACUGCAAAAAUAAGACAAGAUAAUUUGAAAUAGAAAGCGACCUCAAAAGACACCGAUUUUAUUUUCGUGGAUAUUUUCUGAAUGAAACGAUGCCAUAACUGUGAUAUGUAGUGACUUAAACAAUUGAUCUGAUGUUCGAAAAAAAUAUAUCGCAAUACACCGUUCCCUAUAUCAUAUUUGAAACUAUUGAUAUAUUUUCGAAAAUGUGAACAUUACGAUUUUUUUUCAGAGGUAAAGUUUGAUCAUUGACUCCUUCAGAAGAGGAAUUCACUUUAUUCCAUGGUUGUUCUUCACCUGAUCCAAAGAUACUGUAAACGAGUAUUUCGAUUAUAUAAAGUCCCACAGUUACAAAGAAUAUAAUUCGCCAUGCCUCUACUGUUUGCUUGUUACUUACAUUUCCAUGGGUCAAUUUUCCAACAAAAAUAGGAACUAUAAAGCCUGGUAUAGUAGCGAUACAAUUUGUUAUAGCAACUAAUGUACCGGCAAAAUUUGGCGCAAUAUCUAUGUGAUUAGAUAGGAAGCCACAAUACAUUCCACCGAUACAAGUAACACCGAUAGUCAUCAGUACUACCGCUAAAGCACGAUUACAUCCAACAUAAGAUACCCCAAUUAGACAAACCAUUGGAACAAACGAUGCUAAAAAAUAAAAGAGAACAUAUUUAAAUCCUGUUCUUUUUAAUUUUCAAAACGAAACAAAUACAGAUAUUACAAAACUAAACAGAUAAAUCUUACCGAAUAAAGUUCCUAUCUUCCUUGACAUGGUUACUGUUAUUAAAUUCUUAUCUUGCAUAAUAGCCAAUACUUUACUGAGAAUCAUAGUAAAAAUCCACAUACAUAAGAACGGCAUUGCGGAUAGACCAGCGUUCUACAUGAAUACAAAGAAAUUAUUAAUAGAUGAAACAUGUUAUACAUGUAGGUAUAUUGAUUCGCUUACCGAACUCAUAUUGAAUUUUAAUAUUUGACUCAUGUAAGUUGGUAAUUCAAUGAGUAACAUGUACCAUCCAAAAUUGCUACAAAAAUGUGCUAUCAAGAUUGCCAAAAAGGGAGUAGACCUUAAUAGUUGUCCCCAUGGUACUGGUAAUUUCUAACAAUGAAAUAUUAUUUAUUAUCAUUCUCUAUGAUUCUCCUGCUAAAGUUUUGAAAUAUUUAUACUAGUUACCUCUUUGUGACCGCUAAUGUUUUUAGUAUGGCCUAAAGACUCCAUGAUGUAAUUCUUUUCCUCCUCGCUGAUAAAUCUCGUUUGUUCUUCCGGAGAGUCUUCGAUUAUCAACCACCAAGCAGUACACCAAAUUAAACAUAAUAGACCUUCGAUAUAGAAGAUCCAUACCCAGCCAAGAUUUGCGGCCAGUAUUCCCGAUAAUAGAAUGGAGAUCACGGUACCAAGAGCAGUACCUAAAAUCGAAAGAUUAUAAUGUCAUCUAAUAUUAUUUUUCUAUUCAAAGUGUUAUUUAUAUUACAUAAGUGUUAAUUAUAUUGAUCUACGGUUAUACUUACCAGCAUAAACGAUUGAUGCGAGAACACUUCGUUCAUUCGGUGGAGCCCAUUUGGCGAUCAUCACAUGCAUAGCCGGAAACGUUACGCCCUGUAUACGGAAAUAAUGAUAAAUACUGUCAGAUGGGGAUAUCUUUUAAUAUUUCUUUGAGAUAUUCCCACGUCAACAAAAUAACUAUUACUAACCCCACCGAGGCCUUGAAUGAAUCUCAUUAUAAUAAAUAAUGAGUAGUGUAUAUUCGCUGCAAUAGGCGAUAGUAUCGAUGCUGCAACGUUCAACAAGACGGAUCCGUUCAUUACCCAUUUAGCUGACAACAGUUCUGACAUUCUGCCACCUGGUAAUAAGGAUACCAUAUAGCCCCAAAAAUAAGCGGAUAAAAUAAGACCUUGAAGAGGUUCGUCCCAUACAAAAGGGCCAUCCUGCAAAAUAAUUUAUUCUAUCACGUACGUACUCGUUUAGACAGCCAAAACCAUUAACUUUUCAAACAUAAUGUCUUAAUCGAAAUUUCCAAUAUAUUUAAUAUUUAAACGAUAUGGUAUUCUAAAAAAGGUGAAAAUUUAUUUUCGAAUAUAUCUAAUCUCUUGAAAGAUAUUGUAUUUAUUACUGACUAACUUUCUUUGAUAAACUUGUCUCUUUUUUUUAAGAGAUUUUAUUCUCUAAGACUGACCUCACAGAGAUCAUACCUUAUCGCUUGAGGUAUGUUUGAUAAGCCAAAGAGAAGGAAGAUUGAUUACCUCGGUAGAAGAUACCGUUGCGUUUGAAGUUGCAUCAUCUCGACAAGCUUCCGUUAUUUUUAAACUUGCAUUUUCACUUUUUAAUUCAUCGUGCAUCGAUGAAAGUCGUACGGCUGUAUGAUUCACCAUCGCGACGAUAGCUACGCUGACAUUAACUUUAAAACCAUAUAUAAUAGCCAAACCGAUGGAUCCAAAUAUGGCCAUUAAAUAUCGGACUGGAAAGAGUGGGCCAUGCCGGCCUGUAAAUAAAAUCCCCCGUUAUUAAACUCUUUUUAUCCUCCUAUAACAAUUUUUCUCGUUGCAAUUAGAAUAGAUCUAACAGACUCAACUCAACUUUAAUUCAAAUUUAUAAGUUUAUUGAAUCGAAACAAAAAAAAAAAAAAAGAAAAAAAAAGAAAAAAAAAAAAGAAGAUAAAAAAGGAAAAAAAACUUUGGGAAAAAAGUAAUAUGAAAUUUUGCCAAGCUUACGUGACAUACAAUGUGUCGUCAUAUUCAUUUUACAAUGCCAAAUAUAUCAUAUGGUCUGGAAUUUAGAAUCAACACGGUUCAAGAGGACACGAUUGAUACCAUUUGGUAAUCAGUUAAUAAUACAUAUCCUCGAACGAAAAUUUGAAAGAAAAAAUAGAUAUUAACAAACGAAAUUUAUUUCAUUAUUGAUUGCACGAUAUCAUCCAAUAGGGAUGCGUCAAGGUCAAAAGGACGUACGAGGCGCAUGAUUCAAAGGCAAUCGACCGUCAUAAACAACUAGUUUCGUUUUGAUUAACAUUAUGCGACAAUAAUAACAAAAUUAUACGUUCUUCGAAGGAAAUAAAUGAAAAUGGAAAUGCAACUGGUAGCUGACACUAUGUUAAUAGAGAAUAAGAAGAUAUAAAAAAGAAAGAAAAAAAAAGUAAUGAACACACCUGUAGAAUUGUUUUCCUUUGCCAUGUAUAAAAUUAGGAUCUUCUCUUUUAUCUUUUCGUGAUUGAACUCCAAAAAAGUUCUAUUAGAAAAAAAUGUUCAAAUAAUUGUUUUUUUUCUGAACAACAGAAAGAUGAUUUAACACGGGGUGCGAUAUAUCAAAUGAUAAACGUACCAUACGCGUUGAAAAAGUAUUCCUUCGUUUUCUGUUUCUCUCUCUCUCUCUCUCUCUAUCUAUCUAUCUUUUAUAUUCUAUAAGCUGAUGAAAUUAAAUUUCACUGGUGUAAUACUGGAGACCGAUUGUAAGUAUUGCGCGGCACCAAAGCAAACUGAGGUAAGCCGAGAUCUUCCCAUAGACUUUUCCGAAGGAUCCCGAGGCAUUGCCCCUCUUCUAUAAAUGCCGGUUCAUCCACGCAACCAAACGUACCCACACAAAUAAACGUGACGCUCUUGCGUAAAGAAAGUGAUGAGUGGCGACGUGCGCGUUUGCGCGUCCGUCCGAGCCUGAGACUAUUAGGCUUUCGAAUGAAUGCGAUCACCGUGUAUAAAUAUUUAUUUUUAGGAUAAAAAUAUGUUUUUAUAAGCGUUUAUUUUAUCGCAGGUAUGCAUCUUUUGAAACGAAGAUUAGUUGAUAAUAAUUUUAUAUCAACACACGGUAUAAGAUAAUCCGUUUAAGUUUAUAAAAAGAAACAAAUGCUUGUCUUUAUAGCUUAUUUUAGAUAUAUUAUAUUGAUAGAUUUAAAAGACGGUUUGUAAAUUGUCGGCAUAUAAUGGGGAUGUCACUUAAGUUAAAUUUUGAUUAUGAAAAAAAGACGUGAUUUUCUUUGCAUCUUUUAAUUAAAUCAAAAUCGUAGUUGCGAAACGGUAAUACUGAAGUAUAUGUAGAAAAACAUACAUAUAAAAAUGGAGCCGGUAAACGAAAACAAGCUCGAUGAGAUUUAUGCGUGGAUAGAUCAGAUUACGUUUUCAAGACCGAAGAAAAAUAUAUCGAGAGAUUUUUCGGAUGGAGUAUUUAUGGCCGAAUUAUUGAAACGAUAUUAUCCCAAGCACGUUGACGUGCACAAUUAUGUGCCUGGCAAUAGUGUAGCAAAGAAGAUUGAUAAUUGGAACAUAUUAAAUAGAAAGGUUCUUUCUAAAAUUGAUAUGAAACUUGGAAAAGAUGUGAUCAAUCAAUUGGCAAAUUCACAAUUAGGCAUUAUUGAGAAGGUUUUGAUAGACGUGCGAGCGAAAAUUUUAAAAGACUGUAAUGCAGAUGGAGAUUCAUUAUAUUCUGAUUAUGAAGAAAAUGGAAGAGGUGAAAACGCUAAACCUAUUUUAAAUCCUGAAGAAAUUGUUAAUAGAACAGUACCACGUCAUACUUUCAUAAAACUUAAACAAGAAUUGCAAGAAAGGAAUGAAACUAUUAACGCACUUCAUCAAAAAAUUUCACACUUGGAAAGUUUGAUCAAAUUAAAGGAUCAAAGAAUAGUAGAUCUUACGGCACAAAUUACAAGACCGAUGGCACAUACAUAGAUUUCUUGUAUUAAUAUUGCAAACUAUGAGAUUAUUAAAACAUGAAUGAAUUCUUGAAACAUUUAUGAAAAGAAAUAUUAUAUUUUAAUUGCGGCAAGCAUAAAGUUUAUGCUUCAUACAUAUUUUAUAUCUAUUUUAGCACAUGAAAGUUAUACGAAUGUUACCUGGUAAAAAGUUUGUCAAAGAAAAAACUUAUUUUCUUAUCUUGCCUAUGCUUCUUCUUGUAUAUAAAUAAAAAAGUUAAUAUAUCUUUUACAUGGGUGCUCUCAUGCUAGGCGGAGAUACUAAAAUGACACCAUCACCACGGAUAAAUAGCAUAGAUAUAUUUCUUUUUGUAGUACGGUAAACUUCUUCAUAUGUUUCUUCAUCAAUUUCUACAGUUGUAACAGUUUCCUCCGCUUCACCUAAUACCAUAUUCAAGUGUUGAUCAUAAGCCUGAAAGAAAAAAAAUAUUAAUCAUUUAUUAAAAUAUUUUUUAAUUAGGAAUCUAAAGACAUGAAUAAAACCUACAUGUAAACGUCCUCGUAAUUCUCUUUCGUUUCUCAUUUUCACGUAAAUUCGUUCGUCCAAACUUAAUCUUAUUAAAUCCAACGGUUCUUUCACAUUUAUUGCUGGAACCUAAUCAUCAAAAAGACGGAAAAAUGUAUUAACGAGCAAAUACAACGUUAAAAUGAUUUUUAGGUUAGUUUAUUAUGUUAUGAACGAAGGUUACCUGUUCCGAUUCAUCAGCCAUAGUAACGUAUUAUUUAUAAAAUUUAACGAAAAUGUCUUAAUUUAAUAUUACUAAAUAAUGUAUAAUUAAAUCUUUCUCUAUCUUUCACUUUAUCUAAGAUAGCUAUUAAAACCUAACCCAUCCCCAAAACGUAAUGCGGGAAAAUAACAGAGAGCUGAUAUUUUUAUUCAGAAUAGUAGUAGUGUAGUUAUAAAAAAAUAUAUAGCUUUUUCUUUUAAUCUUUAUAUUAUAUCUCUUUUUUAACUUUUAUAUUAUACUGCUAUUUAAACAGAAAAAAAUAUGAACACAGAAAAAAAGUUAAAAUGAUUUGUAUCAAUAAGAAAGUAUAAAGAACAAAUAAUGUUGUUUGAAAAUACUUUAUUAGCGCGGGUCAAAAUGGCGGCGGUUAAUUUAUGUCGAUAACUACGUAAAUAUGUAGUUAAUAAUAAAAAGUUACGAAGAGAAAUGAUUAUGAAUAAAAGAAUAAAAAGUAUUUAAAUAAAUGCUGCUAGAAUAUUUAAUUAUUUCAAUGGAAGUUGAAUUAUUAUAUUUUACUUAAAAUAAAUUUCAAAAAGACAUUUCCUAUAAUAGGCUACACUUUAUACAUCCAUGUUUGAAAUCAUCGCACGCGAACAUGAUGAGUAAUGAUUCAAUUCCCCGAAAGUUUAGGUAAUAGUAAAAUACAAUAUUAGAUAGAAACUUUACUAGUUUCGGUUUUCCAUGUAAUUUGUAUCGAGUAUAUAAGUAAAGAUCUCUUUGAAGAUUAGUAUAAGUACAUUAUUUACAUGCAUUUAAAUGUAUACAUAUUCAACAUUUCUAAAUAUGCAACAAAGAAUGAAAAUAUAUUAUUUACCUCAAUAUAUAACAAUUCAAAAAACAUAUUGUUCAAAAACAACUUACAUAUUUCGAUCUAUUCUACGUCAGGUAUCAUAUGGUGAAGUUCAAUGUUACAGAAGGUCAAGAUAUAAUAUUACUUAUAGCUGCUAUAAAUUUGGGAUGCAUAAGUAUUUAUCUUUCUUUUUUUCUCUCUCUUUCUUUCUCUCUUU